AUGAAGCGCCCGGGAUUCCACCAUUUAAACCUACCUUUAUUCGUCGGCGUAAAUGGAACUCAUGACUGGGCCCAGAAAUGCAAUGGAUUCCUUUAUCGCGCUCUCAGGGAAGCGAAGGACCUCGAAUAUAUCAGUUUAUCAACCACAAUCAAGGCUUGUCUACUAGACCCACCGAUUCUCUUGAAGAAUGUGUUUCCUGUUGAACACUGGCCAGCCCUUCGCCACUUUGGUCUCUGGCGCCUCAAUGCCUCGAAGUCAGAUAUUGUCGAUCUACUAAAGCUCCUCCCGAGAACGCUGCGCUCUCUUGAUUUGGGUCUUCAUAAUUUUCAAAUUGGAGGGGACUGCUGGAAUGACCUUCUCGAGGCUAUACGCAUAGAGCUUCGUCGGUCCGAUGAAACCAUCAAACCAAGUGUGCGGAUUGUUAUGCCGGGAUAUGUCAUGAUCGGAAGGGGCGUCUGGCUGGAAGAUGAGGUAAAUGAAUUUCUGUACGGCUCUGGCGAAAAUCCCAUGCAGGGACAGAAUUCCCAAAUGCCUAAGUUUGGGAUGGGAACAUUCCGUGACCUGUUCGAGCCAGAGUUUACACGGCCUAAUUUGGAACUUCGGCAACUUUCAGAACUAGGCAUCGUGGACAUAGACCGGGAGUAG